AUGGAAGCUCCAAGAUUUGUCUUCUUGUCCUUGCUUCUUCUCCUUACAGCUUCAACAAGCUCAGCUCAACUCACUCGUGGCUUCUAUAACAAUGUAUGUCCCAAUGUUGAACAAAUUGUUCGUGCUGCCGUGACUCAGAAGUUUCAACAAACUUUUGUGACUGCUCCCGCCACUCUUAGACUCUUCUUUCAUGAUUGCUUUGUCAGGGGUUGUGAUGCUUCGGUUUUGAUUCAAUCUCCAAUUAAUAAAGCAGAGAAGGAUCAUCCUGAUGACGUGUCACUAGCCGGGGACGGCUUUGACACGGUGAUCAAGGCCAAGGCGGCUGUUGACAGGGAUCCUAAGUGUCGAAACAAAGUCUCUUGUGCUGAUAUUCUCGCUCUUGCUACUAGAGAUGUCGUCAAUUUGGUAGGGGGUCCAUUUUAUAAUGUCGAUUUAGGAAGGCGCGAUGGAAGAAUAUCCACUUUGGCCAGUGUUCAACACAAUCUUCCUGGCCCUAGUUUCAAAUUGGAUCAACUCAACACCAUGUUUAAUCGACACGGACUCUCCCAAACCGAUAUGAUUGCAUUAUCAGGUGCACAUACAAUUGGAUUCUCUCAUUGCAACCGCUUCUCAAAUCGAAUCUACAGAUUCAGUCCAACAACUCGAAUCGAUCCAUCAUUGAAUUUACAAUAUGCUUUACAGCUUAGGCAAAUGUGUCCAUUGAAUGUUGAUCCUAGAAUUGCCAUUAACAUCGAUCCUGUGUCACCUAGAAAGUUUGACAAUCAAUAUUUCAAGAAUCUACAACAAGGAAAAGGACUAUUCACUUCUGAUCAAGUGUUGUUUACAGAUUCAAGGUCAAGGGCUACAGUUAAUCUUUUUGCAUCCAAUGAAAAAGCUUUUCAAACUGCUUUUAUUGAUGCUAUUACUAAAUUGGGAAAGGUUGGUGUUAAAACUGGUAAUCAAGGUGAAAUUAGGAUUGAUUGCUCCAAGGCCAACUAG